GGUGCAGUCAGCUGAUGACGCUAACCAGCCGGACUGCGACGGUUCUCCUCCAGCAGCAGAGACGAUCUGACGGUCAGACAGGAUGCCUUUCUCCGAGCUCUACUUCAACGUUGAUAACGGCUACCUGGAGGGGCUGGUCCGGGGGUUUAAAGCCGGAAUACUGUCCCAGGCGGAUUAUCUAAACCUCGUCCAGUGUGAGACCCUGGAGGAUUUGAAGCUCCACCUGCAGAGCACAGACUAUGGCAGCUUCCUGGCAAACGAGGCGUCUCCUCUCACGGUGUCUGUUAUCGACGACAAGCUGAAGGAGAAGAUGGUGGUGGAGUUUCGCCACAUGAGGAACCAGUCGUACGAGCCGCUGGCCAGCUUCAUGGACUUCAUAACGUACAGCUAUAUGAUUGAUAAUGUCAUCCUGCUGAUCACGGGCACCCUCCACCAGCGCGCCAUCUCUGAGCUGGUGCCAAAGUGUCACCCGCUGGGCAGCUUCGAGCAGAUGGAGGCGGUUAACAUCGCCCAGACCCCCGCCGAGCUUUACAACGCCAUCCUGGUGGACACGCCCCUGGCUGCGUUCUUCCAGGACUGCAUAUCUGAACAGGACUUGGAUGAGAUGAACAUUGAAAUAAUCCGUAACACACUUUACAAGGCGUACCUGGAGGCUUUCUAUAAGUUCUGCUCCAACCUCGGAGGAACCACAGCUGACACCAUGUGUCCUAUUCUGGAGUUCGAGGCGGACAGGAGAGCCUUCAUCAUCACCAUCAACUCAUUCGGCACAGAGCUGUCCAAGGAGGACCGCGCCAAGCUCUUCCCCCACUGCGGCAAGCUUUACCCAGAAGGCCUUGCUCAGCUGGCCCGGGCUGAUGACUACGAGCAGGUCAAAGCCGUCGCUGAUUUCUAUCCUGAGUACAAGCUGCUGUUCGAGGGCGCUGGCAGCAACCCAGGUGACAAAACACUGGAGGACCGCUUCUUCGAGCACGAGGUGAAGCUGAACAAGCUGGCCUUCCUCAACCAGUUCCACUUCAGUGUCUUCUACGCCUACGUCAAGCUGAAGGAGCAGGAGUGCAGGAACAUCGUGUGGAUCGCCGAGUGCAUCGCCCAGCGCCACCGCGCCAAGAUCGACAACUACAUUCCUAUCUUUUGAGCCUCCUCUUCCUCCUUCCUCCUUCUUCUUCCCAUCAUCAUUUCAUUCAUUCUUAUGUCUCGAGUCUCCAGUCCCACCUCGGUGUCAAAGAUCCUGAUGGUUUGAUGCUAAAUUUUCUGCAUUCUUCACUCGCAGGUGUAAAUGGGUUCUCGGUACCCAAAUUUCCCGUUGCGAUGUGAGUUCCAGCCAGACUCAUUAUUGCUUAAAUCACAUAAUCAAUUUAAAUUUUUAGCUGUAAAAUGAUCCCAUGAGCUCAACAGAGGUGGUUGGGGCUUGUCUUAAUCUGUUCAGCGGAUAAAGGAGGCAACUCAUUUGACUUUCAAACACUCGCCUCCGAUUGUCUAAACUUUCUGAUGCUGAGUGUGUUGUUUUUUGUGGCACGCCAUGUCCAUCUGACACGUCGGCUGACAAAAUACACAACAAGAAGAAUUUGCAAUUUAUUUUUUUAAGUACAGGAAUUCAACCCGUCAACCACCAGGACGGAAAAACACAUGAUUUAUUUUACCGUGAACUCUCAGCACAGCGAACACCAACCAUCUUUUUGAGAUCACGUUAAUCUCCAGGCACAUGAAACAAACACGUAAAGGUGAAGGGUACUGUAUGUUUUGGAUUUAUCACCUACCGAAAUCAGUAAAAACGUCCCAAAUCAGAACUGAAGAACUUCAGCCAGUCAUGAAAACAUUCUUCUGCUCAGCAUCACUCCACCAGGUUCUAUAUAACCUGUAUUUAUUUCUGUUUUAGUGCUACAUUUUGUCAGCACGUCUGGUCAUUACCGUGGUUUCCCCCCCCCAAAAACGAGUGAAGUGUGUGAGCCCCGACCUGAUUUGCUGUCUUUACUAGAUCGUUGUUAGAUAUUAAAAGCUGAACAGGAGCUUCCGGUCCUCGCCAUCCCCGUUAUUGUGUUGACUUUCUGUAAAUGAACGUACCGGAAUGAGGCGAAAUCUUGUGAGUAUACGACAAAACUUAAUGUUUAAACUAUACAAAGAUAUAUAGAUAUUUAAAGAUAACUAUAUGAUUUUGUUUUUUUCAUGCUGUAAAAAACUUGAUUUAUUUUCUGUUUUGAUCUGUUUCUUACUUGUGAAAUGUGUACUGUAAAUGUGACAAAAAAAUAAAUAGACUAAACUGCACUAAUGCAGGUCUGGAGAAAUUGAAAAGAAAA